GAAGUUAUUUGACCAGCUACUAGUUCAGCGGGACGCGGAUGUUCCGAUAGUCUGUUGUUCGCUGCCAUGGCCGAACCACGAAGAGUUCAACUGACUACUCUGUCCGGUAAUGUCCCCCUGCAGUCAGCCGUGGUGGUCAAACCAGCGUUACCCCCUAAAGAGGCGGUCACCGUUACGCCAGUAGCUGCGUCGACCUCAUCUUCCUGGGGAAGUCCAACCAAACAACCUGUAGCCACAUCGAACUCGUCAUCUCAGGGUAGUUCAAGCAAACUGGUUAAGACCGAACGCUUUGUCCUGACGCUGUUUGAACCAGACCAGCAUAGGUGUCCUGAGUUCUACUACCCUGAACUUGUUUACAAAAAGAAGAGCGUUUCAGACAAAGAUGUACCAAACACAAUUGAGCAGGAAAACKGAGAGAAGGAUGAACUUGGASCWAUCGCCAGGAGAUUCGAGGAUAAAUAUGGAUGUGGGAACAAACGUAAGAAGGAUCGUAUUCAGGAUCUAGUGGAUAUAGGCUAUGGUUAUGACAACGAGGACUCUUUCAUCGACAACUCCGAGGCAUAUGAUGAGUUGGUCCCAGCCUCUCUGAACACCAAGCUGGGAGGGUUCUAUGUUAAUUCUGGUCCGCUCCAGUUCCGCCAGGCCUCUGAUACGGAGACAGGCGACGACUUCAUGACCAAGAACCAACAACCCAAGCCCUCUAAAAAACGCAGGAAGGAAGAGGGAAAAGUGAAGAGGAGGACCCACCCUGGACAGGUGGCGACUGAAAACCCCACACUGUCAAACACUGGUGUUCUACCUGACAAGAACAUGUGGGAGGAGAAACCGAAGAAGAAGAAGAAGCCAGCUGGUCCUCUGAGUGUCACAGACAUGCUGAGAAAGUUCCAGAAACAGAAAGACAAAGAGAAACUGAAAAGGGAGAAAGAGGGAGAGCAACAGAAGUUCGGUCUGGGGAAGACUACACUACCCACAACCCCCUAUGUUUCUGCAGACCCUGCUGGGGGCGGCGCCAACUUGGCGGACCCUCUGCUCAGCUUGAUCGGAUCGACCAAUGACAGGGCGUUUCUCCAGGCAGCCAGCACUUUGGACUUUGACCUCGAUCUAGACACCCUAUUGGACGCCUCCGCUGAGACGCUGGCCAAUCAGGUAGUCGUCGCCAUGACCUUAACCAAUCAGGAGGUCAACGCCAAGACCUUGGCCUACAAGGAAGUGAACGGACUCGGUGCAGGGGGUGACCCCUCUGCUUCCACCCUGGAGAGCCACACACAGACCCCCAUCGACCCUGUCCCUCAACCCCAGGASCAGAUUGACCUUGUCCCUGAAUCCAUCUCCAAGCCCCAGGCCCCAAAACCAUCUACACAGCCACAGCCAGUCUCUGGCCCACAGGUCCAGCCCCUGUCACAGCCCACUCCCCUGCCUGAAGGUCUGUCACCAGCCAUGGAGAAGAGAGCUCAAGACCUGGCCCUGGCUGCAAAGGGGUUGGAGGGAGAGUCAAAGGUCAAGUUCUUCACACCAGAGGUCAACACCAUCCUACUGGACAUUGAGCUGCAGUGCAGAGAUGUGAGUGGCCAGGUGCGUUCUAAGGUGUACACACACCUUGCCUCAUUCCUCCCCUGCAGCAGAGACACACUGCUGAAACGGGUCAAGAAACUACUGCUGACACAGGAGGAGCCUCUCCAGAGGUUGAGGCAGGCAAUCGACAAGGUGAUGCCAGAACAGAUCUCCCGUUACCACGACGACUGCCAGGCCCACGCCCAGGCCAGGGCCGCUAAGAUGGUGGAGGAGAGUAAAGAGCGAGAACAGAAGGAGAACACGGGGUCAGAAGAGGAGGGGGAGGAGAGGAGUGGCAAACGAGUGGUGGGCCCCAGGAAGAAAUUCAGAUGGAACCAAGAGAUCAGGGAGUGCCUGUGCAUUGCGGUUCGGGUGCGGAUGGACAGAUUCCAAGUGGAGAAAGGGAAAACUGAGACGCAGGGACCGGAGGAGUUCCUGAAAGCUUUCUUGGACACAGAGAUCAAACCCCUCUGGCCUAAAGGCUGGAUGCAGCCCAGAGUGCUGCUAAAGGAGAGUAGAAGAUUCCACUGCCCCACUGCACCUCUACAGCAAGUGAAGAGGAAGUUGAAGUCGGAGAAGAAACGGUACUCUUUGGGCAGUGCUCCAACUCUUCCAGGGACCUCCAGUGGGCCUGUGGAGCCUCAGGUUUUCCUAGGAGUUCAACCCCAGAACGGAUCACCUCUUCUGGGCUCAGGCGUAUCCGCAGCCCCUCAGAAUCUCGAUGACUCUCUGGACCAGGGUCGCAUCCUCACACCCCCCUCUUUAGGGGUUGUGAAAGAGGAGCUAGCUGAGCUGAGGGGGGAGGAGAGUUGCAGGGCUGAUUCUGGUUUCCCCAUCGCUGUGUUGACCCGCUACGAUGAUUUGAAACCUGUGCCUGUCAGCACGUCAGCCAAUACCAACACACAUGCUCAGUCAACGACCGCGAACACACACCCUCAGACGAACACUCACUCCCAGUCUCCUCUGACCGUGCUACCUGACCAGGCGCUGGCGCAAGUCCACAGCCACAAAGACUACAUUUCCCAGGGGCACCUAGCAUUGACGCAGGACCUUUCACUCCAGAAUGGCCACCCUCCUCCACCACAGAAGAAGAAGAAGAAACGGGUUUCUGAGGUGUCUGUGCUAAGCUUGCCUGCUCCAGAACASAAACCCACUCCUGGUCUUCCUGGAAUCCCUCUACUCCAUGCCCUGGGUUUCCCGCUUUCCGCCUUCGGACCAGGAACCAUGGGAACGCUGACCCAGUCGCAACAUUCCAAAGACGCCCUGGUCACCGGCACCACCCCUGGAACGUUCCACCACGGACUCACGCACAAUGGCAGCCAGCUGGUGGGAGAGGGACCCAACGCUCAGAGAAAACUACAGUGAUCCAACCCUCCGACAGUGAACAUCUAGAAUGGAUUCAGAAUGGACACGUGCAGUAAAAAAAAAAAAGUUUGGGGGAAACUUGUGAAAAAGUAUAAUCAGAAAACUGGAUGUAAAAGGCCUAUUGAGCCUGGAAUAAUGAUCUUGGAAUGGGCACCUAUAAGACAUUGGAACUUCUGAGCCCCUGCUGAUCAGAUUUGAUGGAACAUUCCUCGUCAGCAAUGGGAUGGGGUGAAACUUUUAAAUGGGUCACAGAGCUGCAUGUAUAUCACUGGCUAGCACAGCGGUGUUAUGAGGAAUGUUACACUUACUGAAUUGAAUGUGUUUUUGCCAUAUUAAGUAUUAUAGUUUGUAUGGUUAUUCAAAUAAUGUAACCACAUUGGUAGCACGUUGUA